CAAUAUUUUUCAACUACUGAUGGCUCUUAUCUUACGUAAAUUACACAAACACCUUCCUUAUGGUCGGCAGAAUUCCAUUGCAUUUAAUUUUAGCGAUUUAUUCUUUAUCAUUAUCGUGCAAAGGUAAGAUUUUGCCCCAAAACAAUCUGAUCCUUAUGUCAUCAUGUACUUCUUGCUUAAUCCUUUUGUCAAAAGAUGCUACACCCUACGACAGAUGUAGAAGAAAGCUAUUUUAGAUAAGCAUAAUUAGGAAAUCUGAGGCACAAUAUUGUUAACUUCUUGGUUUUAUACACAGACAUCGUGUUCAAUAAUAUUAUAUCAAAACUAGGAACAUGCGAAAACAAAAUUGACUGCCUAUCGUACGGACUGGAUGCAUGUCACAACCAGGUAUAUGAGCCAUGGUUGACGAGGAACUGCGCCCGGUUUUGUGGGUUCUGUGAAAUCCCUGUUCCAAACAUCUCUGAAUGCAUUGACGCACUGGACAAUUGCCACGAGUAUGACAGCGGCACCUUGUGUACGGACCCGACGUUCUAUGUGUGGGCGCAUCACAACUGCAAGGGCUACUGUGGCUUUGAUCGAUGCAAUGAAACGUGUACGGACAAUUCUGACAUCGAUUGUGCCCGGUAUAAUGAACAAUUUAACAUCUGUUCCGAUGCAACAAAAGCACAUGCUUGCAGGAGAUUCUGCGGCUUUUGUUCCUCUCGUGAUGGUGGCUGGUCCGAGUGGGGCACAUGGAACGGAUGUGACGUCACUUGCGGUACCGGGACGCGUCAUCACGUGCGCACGUGCACCAACCCUGUACCGCGGUUUGGUUUACCUUGCCAGGGAAAUAAUAGUGAGACAGGCGUGUGCACAUUGACUCCUUGUCCGGUAAAUGGUGGAUGGAGUGGUUGGGGUGUGUGGGGGUCGUGCUCGGCUACAUGUGAUGUGGGAAUUCAGAAGAGAAUUAGGAGUUGUACCAAUCCUGCACCAGCGUACACUGGGAACCAUUGCUUCGGCGAACCAUCCAAUUAUCGUGUGUGUAAUAUGCCAGCAUGUGCAGACGGAGUUUGGUCGUCAUGGGAAAGUUGGAAAGCGUGCACUGUUUCUUGUGGAGGAGGAACCAAGCGCCGGCAACGGCAUUGCAAUAACCCAGCACCAUCACUUCUAGGACGAUACUGUGACGGAAGCUCGGAACUGACCUCAAUAUGCAAUAACAGUCCUUGUCCUGUCACAAAUGGUGGAUGGUCAAGUUGGGAACGUUGGUCAACAUGCAGCGCUUCCUGUGGUGGAGGAGUCCAACGUCGUCAUCGGAAUUGCAAUAAUCCAACGCCAUCUGUACUCGGGCGAACUUGUGCCGGAACGAAUGAGCAGACAAACAUUUGUAACAGCUUCAACUGCUACGCAAAAGUUCGUUUGGCGGGUUCCAAUGCUACCAACCAAGGACGAGUUGAGGUUUUCCUCAACGGCCAGUGGGGCACAAUUUGUGAUGACAGCUUCGAUGAUACGGAUGCAAAUGUUGUCUGUUCAAUGCUGGGCUUUGGAAAGAAUGGUGGGGUGGCGAUGGGCAGUGCCUAUUUUGGAAGCGGAUAUUCUUCAAGUCCUAUCAUCUUGGACGAUCUAGGAUGCGAUGGAUCUGAACAUUCAAUUUUUGACUGCAGUCAUCGUGAAUUCGGGACAAACAACUGCGGUCACACCGAAGAUGCCGGUGUCAUUUGUACCUUAAAUGGAAAGAUACGUCUCUCUGGAAGUUCAAAUGCAUCAUAUUACAAAGGCCGUGUGGAGGUUUUCCUCAACGACCAGUGGGGAACAGUAUGUGAUGACAGCUUCGACAACGAUGAUGCUAUGGUUGUUUGUCAUAUGCUCGGAUUUAAAAGGUCCGGGGCGGUCGCAAAAUCAGGUGCGUAUUUUGGUGGAGGAUCAUCCAGCUUACCAAUUCAACUCGAUGACGUCAGCUGUUCCGGAAGGGAACAGAGUAUUGUUGACUGUAACCACACAGCUAUUGGUACAAAUGACUGCACGCACAGCGAGGACGCCGGUGUGAUUUGUCAGCUGUAUUAAACUGGAUGUGCAUGAGGUGAAGCAGAAACUACACUUUACCAUGCGUCUUCUUCAGGAAUUGUUUCGAAGAUUCUUGCAAAUUGAAUUACUUUAUUCUUAUAGUUUUUAAUAAAUAUUGCACAAAAUGA